UGUGACCUAGAUCCCACAGGUAGGCAACCCCCUGUGACCCCUGCAAACAAUGAAAGACAAGAAGGUAAGGGGAGCUACAUAAAUGUCCCGUGGUGACCAACUUAAACCAAGAUUCGAGAAAAAGAACGUUAGCGGACGGGUCUGUGACUAUUAACCACGAUAGGAAGACACCUUUUGCACCUGUAGCUGCUGUGACGCUGUGUCUUUUUACUCAAGAAACAACAUUGUGAAGACAAAGAUCGGUAACUUUGUGACUACAGUUGUGUCAGAAACACUGACCUAGGCGAGCUAUGCCUGACGAGACCGACACCACCCCAGGGGGGUCCAACGCCGGAAGUGAAGGGGGAAGAGAAGGUUCCCCGUCGUUUGAGCGACCUUCAAGUAGUGGCCUUAAACAAGCUAACGGCAUGCCAUCUGUCGAAGUGCCCGAGGGAAUCACCGAAGCACCACCUGAUUACUACGAUGUCGCUGUUGUGAACGGGAAAAACAAAAAUGGAGCGGCUGCCCCUGUAUCUGCUGACACCAUCAUUCCUGUGGAAAAAGACAAGGAGGGAGAGAAAAAGGAAGGAGAGGAUGAGGAAAAGAAGAAAGAAGAUGAUGUGAAACCAAUUGGUGUCUUCGAAGUUUUCCGUUUUGCCGACGGGUGGGACAUUUGUCUCAUACUCCUCGGCUCUCUCCUAUCCAUUGGUCUGGGGAUCACUUUUCCGCUAAUGAUAAUCGUUUUCGGGGACACAACGACGUCCUUCGUGUCCAGCGAACUGGCCAGCGAACUAGAAGAAAUGCUGAGAUGUUUCGGAAACCUUAUUCCGAACAUAACCUCGGGCGCGCUACCGCCCAAUAUCGAACAGUACCUGCCACCAAAUUGUACCCACCUGUUGCCGAUGUUGAACGCAUCGUCCGAGAACCUUGCUACGGGUUCAAUCAGUGGAAUUAGCAUUGCUGACCUGCAACAAGGCAUUGACAUUGAGGGCCAAAUGACGACGUAUGCCUACUACUACGUGGCGAUCGCCUGUGGGGCGUUCGUCUGCGCGUACGGACAGGUGGCCUUCUGGACGCUGUCUGCCACUCGUCAGGUCAACCGCAUCAGGACCAAGUUCUUCCGCGCCAUCAUGCGGCAGGACGUCGGAUGGCACGAUACCCACGCGACCGGGGAAUUCAGCACCAGGCUGGCUGAUGAUGUGAACAAGAUAAACGAGGGGAUCUCGGACAAGUGCGGGAUCUUCCUGCAGUGGUUCACGGCGUUCAUCGCGGGGUUUGUGAUCGGGUUCAUCUACGGUUGGAAGAUGGCCCUGGUCAUCAUGGCCGUCAGUCCGCUGCUGGGUAUCGUGGCUUUCCUCAUGACAAAGAUGGCCUCUGCUUUCACCGAGGAUGAACAGGCUGCGUACGCCAAAGCCGGAGGUGUCGCAGAAGAGGUUCUCUCGUCCAUGCGAACAGUUGCUGCCUUUGGAGGAGAAAAGAAGGAAGAAAAGAGGUACAACGUGCAUCUGGUGGAAGCCAUGCGUAUGGGAGUGAAGAAAGCGAUCUCCGCUGGCGCGGGAAUGGGCGUAACGUUCCUCGUGAUGUUUGGCGUGUACGCGCUGGCCUUCUGGUAUGGCUCGGACCGCGUACGAGCAGGAGAGUACACUCCUGGAGGUUUUCUGAUCACGUUCUUCUGCGUGGUGAUUGGUGCCAUGUCCCUGGGCCAGGCUGCACCAAACAUCGAGUCCUUUGCGAAAGCGAAAGGUGCCGCUGCGUUCGUGUACAGUGUCAUAGACAAUGAACCAGUGAUUGACAGCCUGUCGGAGGAGGGUCACAGACCCGACAGCUUGAAGGGCAACAUAGAGUUUAAAGACGUCAACUUCACGUACCCAGCUCGUCCAGACGUUCCAGUGCUGCAGGGCUUGAGUCUGAAGGCUGAUGUUGGCCAGACUGUGGCGCUGGUCGGGUCCAGUGGCUGUGGGAAAAGUACCACGGUUCAGCUCAUUCAGCGCUUCUACGACCCACAGGAGGGAGUGGUUGAGCUGGAUGGCCAGGAUAUCCGAUCCCUCAACAUCCAAUGGCUGAGGCAGCACAUCGGUGUGGUGAGCCAGGAACCCAUUCUGUUCGCUACCACCAUCGCGGAGAACAUCAGGUAUGGCCGUGAGGAUGUGACCCAGGCUGAAAUCGAGAAGGCUGCUCAAGAGGCCAAUGCACACGACUUCAUCUCAAAACUGCCACAGACAUACGAGACCCUUGUCGGAGAGCGCGGCGCCCAGCUGUCUGGCGGACAGAAACAGAGGAUCGCGAUCGCCCGUGCGCUGGUGCGGGACCCACGGAUCCUGCUAUUGGACGAGGCCACAUCUGCACUGGACACUGAGAGCGAGGCUACUGUACAGGCAGCACUGGACAAGGCCCGUAUGGGUAGGACCACGAUUGUCGUUGCUCACCGGUUGUCCACCAUCAAGACUGCGGACAUCAUUGUCGGUUUCGAGAACGGAGUGGCGGUGGAACAGGGAACUCACGACCAGCUGAUGGCUCAGCAGGGUGUUUACUAUACUCUGGUCACUACACAGACAUUUGCUACUGAAGAUGAAGAAGAAGAUGAAGAGACUGGAGAAGUGUAUGCAGAAGAGGACUUAAUGUCAGAGGAUCUCGCGAAAAAGUCAAGUGUUGCCCUUACCCGGCAGAUGUCAGCGAGGAAACUGGAACGAACCAUGUCGGCCACGUCUAAGAAAAGCGUGAAAGAUGAAGAAGAAGAGGAGGAGGUGCCAGACCCUGACAUGGGGCGAGUGAUGAAGCUGAACACCCCAGAGUGGCCCUACAUCCUGGUCGGGACCUUCUGUGCCGCCAUCAACGGAGCCGUCAACCCCUGCUUUGCCAUCCUGUUUGCUGAAGUCUUGGGUGCCUUUGGUAUUGCAGACCCAGUAGAGCAGGAGAAGAAGACCACACUGUACGCUCUCCUGUUCCUGGCUAUUGGUGGAGGAUCCAUGAUCACCAUGUUCCUACAGGGCUACUGUUAUGGAAAGUCUGGAGAAAUGCUGACUAUGAGACUCAGGCAGAUGGGCUUUAGCGCUCUACUCAGACAGGAAAUUGGCUACUUUGAUGACCACCAGAACAACACCGGAGCACUGACCACUAGACUGGCCGUGCAGGCAUCACAGGUCCAGGGGGCUACGGGUGCUCGCCUUGGCACUAUCGUACAGAACAUCUUCAACCUGGGAGUGGCCGUGAUCUUGGCUUUCAUCUAUGGGUGGCAGCUGACCCUCCUGUGCCUCGCCUUCGUUCCCUUCAUGAUCUUCGCUGGUUUCCUGCAAAUGAGGAUGUUGGCUGGCUACUCUAGCGAGGAAAAGAAGGCUGUAGAGGAUGCUGGGAAGACGGCUGUCGAAGCUGUCGAAAACAUCCGCACGGUCGCCUCCCUCAGCCUCGAGAGGAAGUUCUGUGACAUUUACGCCGACAAACUGAAGGGUCCGUUCCAGAAGUCUCAGAAGAAGGCCCACAUCACGGGGCUGGGGUUCGCCUUCUCCCAGUGCAUCAUCUACUUCGCAUACGCCGCCAUUUUCCGCUUUGGAGCGUGGCUGGUCGCGAACGGACACAUGAACUUCAGGGAUGUGUUCCUUGUUCUUGGUGCCAUCAUCUUUGGAGCCAUGGCAAUUGGUGAAGCCAACUCCUUUGUACCAAACUAUGCUAAGGCAAAGACUUCGGCCACCCUCAUGUUUCGUUUAAUCGACCGAAAACCCGCCAUAGACAGCUCCAGCCAAGAAGGCGAGAUACCCCAAAGCUGCGAGGGAGAGGUGUCGUUCCGAGACGUCCAGUUCGCGUACCCGACCCGUGAGAAGGUGACGGUUCUGAAACAGUUCAGCACGUCGGUAAGUCCGGGAGAGACCCUGGCGCUGGUGGGGAGUAGCGGCUGUGGGAAGAGCACCUCAGUACAGCUGCUGGAAAGGUUCUACGAAGCACUUAGUGGCAACGUGAUGAUUGACGGCAAAGACAUCCGCACGCUGAACAUCCAGUGGCUGCGGAAACAGAUGGGCAUCGUGUCUCAGGAGCCGAUCCUCUUCAACACGACAAUCCGGGAGAACAUCGCGUACGGAGACAACGAGCGCGAGGUCACACAGGCGGAGAUUGAAGCCGCAGCUCAGGCCGCCAAUAUCCACAACUUCAUCACAAGUCUGCCUGAUGGUUACGAGACCAACACCGGUGAGAAGGGUACCCAGCUGUCCGGCGGACAGAAACAGAGGAUCGCCAUCGCUCGCGCUCUUGUACGCAAUCCCAAGAUCCUCCUCUUGGACGAAGCUACCUCGGCUUUGGACACGGAGAGUGAAAAGGUUGUGCAAGAGGCUCUGGAUCGGGCGCGGGAAGGUAGAACCAGCAUCGUCAUCGCCCAUCGACUGUCCACCAUCUUUAAUGCCGACAAGAUCGCGGUGAUCCACCACGGCAAGGUGCAGGAGAUCGGCAAGCACCAGGAGCUACUGGCCAAUAAGGGGCUCUAUUACAAACUGGUCAACGCACAGAUGCAACAAUCUUAGACAUUGGUCUACCACUGUAUGUGUGCUACAUGUAUAUUCCCUUGUAAAAAUGGUGUGUAUUAUGGCCCUAAUGCUCAAAAUAUUGAUGCUGCUGUAGUGUAGCAUUGGUGCCAAGUGCCAUGGUAAUUUUACAGUUAUCAUGGCUGUCCAAGAUACUACCACCACUCACUAAACUUUCAAACCAACAAAGCCUUGGACGAAUGAAAUAGUGCAGCAUUAGUGCCGGACUGAGGUAGCAUUUAUGAUAAAAUGCUAUAUAUCCACCCAGCAUCAAUGCAGCACUAAUCCAACAUUACACGCCACUUUUACAAGGGUAACUUUUUUGUGAGCUGUUCUCCCUUCGUACUUUCUCUUAGGGGUGAUGUACAGUAUUAAUAAAUCAAAUUUCAAGACAAUUCAGGGUUAUUUUCUAGAAUCAUCCUAAUAUUCAUAAGAAAGGCAGAGAAGUCUGAUUAUCGAUGUAACAGUUACUUAUUCUAAAAUGGUCAGUCGGUGUUGAUGUGACCAAAGCAGCUAACAUUACAGAGUUAUACAAAAUUCCAAUGGGAAGACUGAUUAAAAGUAAAUAAUGACAAUCGGUUCUCGAAAAUAAAACAAAACAAAACACAACUACCAGGUUAUACCUGAUUGCUGAAUUUUGUCAAGAACCAAAGAUUUUACUGGCAGAAAGGUACAAUAGUCACAGACAAAAUUCUAAGUUUCUUUUUUGAACUCCUAGAUUGUAGUAUUUAACAUGUACGUGAAUACAUAUUCUCUUUACAGUGUCUACUGUCAGACAAUACUAUCUCUACCUCUCCUUACAUUGUACUUUAUGCAAAAUGUUUAAAUUUUUCUAUGCAGCCAGUCGUAUGUUUUGCUAUGCAGCCAGUUGUCUAACUUAUGAUAUUAUGCAGAAUGUUCUGACAAUCUAGUACUAUUAAACACAUAGCAUUAUAUAUGCCCAAAGUCUUUUAAUCGAGGUUUGAGGAUGUGGUUGAUGCAUGUGUUGUACAACAUUUUGGAUUUUUCAAAUUUUGGGGAUCUGAUAUUGUACUGAGAUUUAACGAAAUUGUCUUCAAACUCAUUGACCUCUUAAGUGGCAUCUCACAUUACUUAUAGACGAUAGAAGCUGGUAUUUUUGUGCCUUUCUUUCCUAAACGCUCUUAACAUAAGCAUCUACAUGCUUUUCCCAUUUUAUAGUGUUAAUUGAUGUUCACAAACAUUUUACAGUGCACAUGUCUAAUUAUUAUAUGUAUACAUGUAUAUAAAAAUUUCAGGCAAAACUUGCCAAAGAUGCCUUUUUCUACAUUGAAAGGGUAAAACAGUAAUUCCUGAAGUCUAUCAGCUUCUCCCAAUUAAUAAGAAAUGUAACAGUUAAAGAAGGAUGGAAGAAAACGUUGCAUUAACGUUAAUGAUGUACUAAUCAUCAGCCAUAUAAAUUAUAUACCGAAGAUGCGUCAAGUAUUUAUUUGUGGAUACCACUAGUACUUAUUGACCGGGCUUGAACCAAAGAAUUUUGGGUACAAGCAAGUUUUAUAGGGGUGCUGAAUGUUAUAUGAUCAAUACUAUAGAUAAUUAACUGUAACAUAAUAUUGCAUAUCUACAUUUUUCAAGACUAACAUGAUUUUGUUUUAGUUUGAAAACUCCAGAAUACACAAUACCAGUACAGCAUUUGCACAUUGCCAACUAAUAUCCGAAAACAAUAUCAGAUAACUUUUAAGAUUAUUUACAUCAUAUUUUGCCAUCAUUAAAACAUUACUAAUUCUGUAAAUGUGAUUUGAAAUAGUUUCACUUCUUAAUUAGAACUUUUCUUAAGUGUUUAUCAGGGCAUUUGUAACUGUGUUUGGGUCGUUUUGUGAUGGUUUUGUUGAAAACAAUGUUUCCGUAAUUGAAAAAAUAAUCUUUCUGUAUAUCAAUAUACAAGAGUAUAUUGUACAUGGUGGUGUCUUUGUAAAUAUUUGUUUCUGUAUUUUAUUGGUUUAUAAAAUGGAUUGUAAUUUGCAAAAAAGGUACAAUCUUUAUGCUAGGAAAAUGUAUGUGUUUAAAUUUCACAGCAUAGCUGAGUGUUCAAAUCAACUAUUUUCUUUUCAAUGAUAACAGAGUGAUAUAUGAAUGUUAUGGGGCUUAAUUUUCAUCCAUGCAAUUUUGCUCUUUCUUUGUAUUUACUAGUUUUCAUAAAAUAUGUAAUAUCUAACAUCAUAUUAUUAAGCAGCUGCCUUUUUUUCAAUCUGGCCAGCUGUACUUUGAUAUUGGCACACUAUAUUUGUAAUCAAUAUUUCUUUUGCUUAUUCGUUGUCUUUUCUAAAAAGAAAUAGCUGUCUAACAAGUUCAAGUGUAGUAGGAACUAUGCAAUUGACUUUGAUUUAGUUAAGGAUAAAUUGUUCGAUUUUGCUGUAAAACUGGCUUGCCUUUUGGACAAUCAAAGAAUCUAAGAAAGAUCUUUUGAAAGAACCCCUUUUCAUUCUCUAUAGUUUAAAGGGGGCCCUAUCAGACCAUUAUCGGAUAUUUUAGAUAUCUCUCUUAGUAUUAUGUGUUUCAGGUUAUGUUAGUUACAAAGGAAUUGCAUCACUAUUUGACAUCAUAGUUUGACAUAUUUAGCUUAAGUAUCAUAGUAAGCAUGACAAUAGACAUUCUAUUCAAAGAAAACCUGUUUCUUUGCUGCUCUAUCAUUGUGUUUUUAUGGUGAGGUUCUUUGAAUGGUUGUGUGAUCGUCAGCUCUUGUGAUUUUUGAAGGAAGUUAUGUAUUCAAGAUUUCAACUUCUUGUAAUAAAGUUUUCUUGUUAUAAACUGUUA